ACAAGUCGAUGAACUCUUACUCUAAUAUUGCAACAAAACAAAUAAAUCCGUUAUCAAAUCUAACCAAAUACUUUCAGAUUCUUUCAUUUUUCUUUAUUAUCGCUGAUUUAUAUUAAAAUGAAAUAUAUGAUUUGGAAAUAUUUUGUCAUGAUAAUACAUUUAUCUAGUGCAUUUGAGGUAGCAUUAACUGGGCCGGGUUUACACCCUAGAGAUAUUGUGAUGCCGGCUAGAUAUUUCAUUGUUAGUUUUACUUCUUUUAAUGAAGAAACUUAUACACCAGAGUUUGGAAAGAAUUUUGCAGUGGAGAUAAAAGGAAGAUCAGUGAAAAACAACUUUUGCCGUGUUUGGGUUAACACACUUGACAGGAAGGAUGGCAGCUUUAUAGUUAGAUACAAGGUUUAUGAAACAUGUUUGGAUCUUAAAGUUAGCAUUUAUUACAAGAGCAAACCCAUAAAUGACUAUCCAUUGACAUUAGAAGGUCCUAUUCAAGCAGACCAAUGUGAUUGUCCCCAAAAAGACUUAAAUUUGUGGUUAAAUAACUAUGAAUGUCCAUCCUCAUAUGCAAGUAUUAUACAAGACUUGAAACCAUUUAACAACCAAGAUAUGCAGAAACAAGUCAAAAUGAUUGUAGAUAAAUAUCACAAACCUGAAAGCACUAGUUUCUGUCAUUAUGUUAUAAAGAACAAUCAAAUAUACAGGGAUUGUUAUGGCAAGCAUAUUGGAUUUAAUAUGUUUUCUGACAAUAUCCUCUUAUCUCUUACAAGAAAGGUUGUGUUACCUGACAUGGAAUUGGUUAUUAAUUUAGGUGAUUGGCCAUUGAUACAUAAAGACUCAGAGCCACUUCCUAUGUUCUCAUGGUGUGGUAGUGUUGAUACUAUGGAUAUUGUAAUGCCUACUUAUGACAUAACUGAAUCAGCAUUAGAAAAUAUGGGAAGAGUUACUCUUGACACAUUAUCAGUGCAAGGGAAUGUAGAAAAGAAGUGGGAAGAUCGUAAGCCCAUGGUGUUUUGGCGCGGACGAGACUCAAGAGCUGAGCGACUAAAAUUAAUUGACAUUGCACGAGAGAAUCCUGAAUUAUUCAAUGUGUCUCUUACGAAUUUCUUCUUUUAUCGAGAAAAGGAAGCUCAGUAUGGCCCUAAACAACCACAUGUGUCAUUCUUCAAGUUUUUUGAUUACAAAUAUCAAAUAAAUAUUGAUGGAACUGUAGCAGCAUAUAGAUUUCCUUACCUUCUAUCCGGAGGUGGAAUGGUUUUGAAACAGGAGUCUCCAUAUUACGAACAUUUUUAUAGUCAACUUCGUGAAUGGGAACACUACGUGCCUGUAGCACGGGACUUGAGUGAUUUAGUUGAAAAGAUACAUUGGGCACUUAAAAAUGAUGAUAAGGCUCACAAUAUAGCUAAGAAUGGAAGACUAUUUGCAGAAGAAAACUUACUACCUCAUCAUAUUAUAUGCUAUCAUGCAUUAUUAUUCUCUGAAUGGAGCAAGAGAAUAUCAAGUGAAGUGACCAUUCGUGAAGGUAUGACUCAUGUACCACAACCUAAGUUUGAGUGCAACUGUACAUUAAGUCUAGAGGUAAACCGUGAAGAGUUAUGAUGCUCUCAUUAAAAAACGAAAACAGACAUAUUGUUGUCUUUGUAUUUUCAAAGAGAAUAUGAGAGAUGACAAUAUGUUUAAAUAAAAGUGUCAUUGUAGACAAAACCCGUAGUAAAACAUAAGAGUGCCUGAGUACAUUAUAGGUUAUUGCAGAGUAUAAAGUAGUAUUAUAGUAGGGCAGGCGAGAAUUCUGUUUGAUGGGAGUACUUAAUAGAAUGCAAGAUUACCCCUCUUAUAUUUAACUGUCAUAUUUGAAUAAAUCCCAAAAUCCUCGCUUCACCUUCUCUACUACUAAGGACAGUGUAAGAAAAAUGCAUUAAAUUUUAAUUUCAAAUGCUUUAUUUUAUAUAUAAAGCAUCUACGAAUGUUAGUUUUUAUGACUUAAUAGAUACUACUUUGAUUUUCAGUCUAUGACAAAUAAAAUGUAAUGACCUAGAAGAAUAUUCUGUUUUAGAUAAAAUAGGAGAUAAAUAAUAUAUGUUUAACGGUACAAAUGGUUUAACUAUAGCUAUAUUUAUUUAAUUUUUUUAAAAUACUGUACAGUAAUUGAUAAAAUAAGCUUCAAAUCUUUAUGAUGUAAACCUGGUAAACUACUGGUUUACAGUAAUUAAAAGUAAACAGUUAAUUUAGCCAAACAGUUUGUGACGAUUUUUUUUUAAAU